GUGCGCGCCGCCGUCACGAAGGUGCUCACGGAGAUGGGCCGGUCCGACGGCAUCUACUUCGAGCAGAAGGUGAACACCAAGGGCGAUGGCCGCUUCUACCAGCUGGAGUUGGAGGUGGACGGCAGCGAGUGUGCGCAGGGGGGGCGGUUCGUGUGGUUCAACAGCCGGCUUCAGAAGGUGGUGGAGAUCGGGCUGAGCGACGACAAGAUCGGCAUGUUCAUGCCCCCUGACCUGUACCAGAAGUCCAGGGAGUGGGCGUCGGCCAUCGCCCGCGAGGGCGGGAACAACACCAGGGCCACCAUGGAGGGGCUCGUGUUCAAGAACGAGAAGGGCGAGUUCGAAAUGCAGUUCAUCGAGUGCAACCGCAGGCCGCAGGUCGAGAACGAGGCCCUUGACGCCUUCGGCGCGACGCCAGGCAACCGUCGCUACACGUUCUGCGAGCUCAUGAUGCGCGCCAAGGGCUACCCCGCGCCCCAGUUCCAAGACGCGGACAACUGCAAGGUCGUCCUCCACGCCAGGUGGCUCCAUGGCAACCCGGACCACAUGGGCAACAUCACGUACCAGGCGGGGAAGAUCCUGGGCAUGACCGGGCCGCGUCUCGACUACGUGGCCGCGGAGCUCAUGGCCCCGGGCGAGAUCUCCUUCACGUCCGACCCGCAGCUGGGCAAGUCCGUGAUCAUCGCGGACUCCUGGGAGCACAUGUGCGACCGCGCCGUGGAGUACUUCAGCCUGCGCAGGCCCACUUGCCAGGGCUCCUCGUCCACGUACGCGCAGGCCAUGUGCAACCUCUUCUCCAACAAGAAGUUCCGCGACGGCGAGAUCGCUUCCAAUGAGACGUUCAAGUACCUGGACAUCCCCGAGCACCCGACCCGUGGCAUCCUGAACAUCUUGGAGGACCAGGUGUCGCCCGUGUUGGUCAGGGGCUACCGCCCCGGCGAGGGCAUCGAUAAAGACCGCUUCCCGACCCCGACCGUUUCCGCGAGGAUCGAGACUCUCCACAAGGAGUUGAUGGACAACCAGGUGCCCAACGCCACGCCGUACACGCAGUUCGCGCGCGGGGAGAUCGGCUACGAGGACUACGUCAAGUCCUUGCGCGGCCAGCUCGCGACGCAGGGCGGCGGCUGGGUGACUGUGGCGCCCCGCGACACCGCGCAGCAGGGCAACGACUCCGAGUCCGCUUCGCUCACCAGCAUCUCGCGGCGCAACGCCGAAGUCUGGGCGGAGAAGGCGGGCUGCGUCGGCUACGAGAUCGGCGGGGCGCAGUACCAGGCCGGGCUGAUUCGCGGCUUCGACCCGGCCAUGAUCAUGGUGCUCGGCCUGCCGUACAACAUGCCGGCGCACUCGCUCCAGCGCUCACAGUACGUGAACGGACUUAUGGAGCUUCCCACGGAGAUCCGCCAGCCGCUCUUCGAACACACCGCCGAGUUGGUCGCGAGCCACUACCGCCCAGGUGUCGGCGUGGGCGGCAAGCUGGUGCCGUGGGCGCCGUACAACUUCCACGCGGGCAACUUCUACGACGCCAAGACGGGCUACUCGCCGCAGGACGAGACCACGGCCGAGCUGCUGAAGGCCAAGUGCUUGCCCAUGCCCAACUGGGUGUUCUCCGCCAAGUUCCCGCUGGAGGAGCCCGGGCGGCUCGAGGGCGCCCCCUAUGGAGCUGCGGCCGCCCCGGGCCUCUCGGCCCAGGGGCCGGAGCCCUCCGAGAGCGCGACCCGCUGGCGCGCGCCCGAGAUCCUGGCCCCGGCCCUGAGGCGCAGGCCCGCCCACCCCACGACGCCGCGGCCCACUGCGUGUCGGAGAGUUCGGGGUCCACAAGCAGCGCGGACCUGGGCGGGUGGAUCUGCAGCAGCCUGCUGCCCGGCGGCGGCCCGGGCUCCUCCGCAGCGCUGCCCCGGCGCAGGCGACCAACCGCCGCCGCGUCUCAUCACAGCGACACGGCAGAGACGGACUCCUCCGACCACACGUCAUCCACGACCAGCCAGCAGCAGCAGCUCGGGCCUCUGGCGGUGGGCGCUCGGCGCCGCCCCGCCCAGCGGCGGGGGCGGCGGCCGCGGGGUGCCGGACUGCGGCGGCCGGGAGCCCUCGCGGGCGCCCCCGCGGCACUUCCCGGCGAGGCGGCACGAGCGGCCCGCUGGCGCGGCCCGGGCCGAGGACGCACGCUGCUCCCGCUUCGAGGACAGGUGGGUGUCGCUGCCGCCGCCGUCUCCGAAGGCGCGGCUGCCGGGCGCCGACCUGGCGCCGGCCGCCCGGCUGGCGGCGCAGGGGCUGCAGAGCAGGUUUUGGCUUGACGACAGGUGGGCCUCGCUGCAGCCGGGCGCGGGGGCGCGCGCCGCGGGCGCGGGCUCGGGCGCUGCGGCGGGGGCGCGACCGGCGGCGCCGAGCGGGCGCGCCUGCGAGGGGGCGCGGUGA